CUUACUUAAUUUAAAACAAUAAUUAAAUCAUAACUAUGAGUCUUACGAUUCUAUGGAAAACAGGAAUAUUGAUUGGCAAUGUAGCCUUUUUAACUGGAGGUUAUGUACUUGCGAAAAUGCUCUAUAAAAAUUAUCUUAAUUUGAAAAAUGAAUCAAAAAGAUUGAAAUAGGACGGAUAAUCAAAUUAUUAAUAUUUAGUUGAUGCUUUCAAAGACAAAGUUGGAGAAGUAGUUGAAAUUGAAAAUUUAUCUUUUAUUGGAACAACAUAGUAAAAUUUGAAUUUAAUUAUAGACCAAUUUCUAAUGAUUCCUAUGUGAAAUCAAAAGUAAAUAAUAAAGAAAGGUAUAUUUGUGUUCAAGGUGUAUUAAAGGAGUAUGGCAAAAAUGUAAUCCAAACUUAAUGGAUUUAAUUAUUCAAUUUAACAGAAAAUGAUCAUAAAGUCAUAAUUUAAGUAAAGAAUAAAGAAUCUUUUAUGCCUAAUUUAUUCAAAAGUUUAUCAGCACAUUAAGAUAAUUAAAUUGGUGCUUAAGUUAAAGAAGCAUUUAGUGUUGACGUAACAGAAAAAGGAAUUGCUGUAUGAUAAUUAAAUAUACUUUAGUUUGGAACAAAUUUAUAUGUGUUUGGGAAAUUCAUAAAAACAAAAUUAGGAUAAUUUAAAUGUGUUGAUUCAAAAUUAAUAUGUGAUGCAAAAGAUGCAGCAUCAUAAACUUAAACUUAUUCUUAUGCCUUUUUAGUUGGAGCAUCUUGUGUAGUAGCGUUUUCUUUAAUAAUUUCUGGAAUAUGUCUAUAUUUUACUUUUGGUGAUGAUCAAAAAAAUACUCAAAAAUAGAAAAAAGCUAUAAAAGGAUGA